GGAGCUUCAUAGCCUACUUGGAGCGCUGGUGUUACAGUUUGUACUUCUUGAGGCCCCUGGUCAAAUCAAACAGCUACUCUAACAUCUGGUGACAUGGCAGACAUCCACCUACUGUUCCUGUCUGUUCUCUGCGCCAUGGUUGCCGUAUACCAGUGUCGUGGGGCCUGUGCAGAGGUGGACUCUGACACAGAGGCAGUGGCGGGCAAGGGCUUCAAACUGGGCUGCAUCUCCUGCAAGAGGAGGAGUGAGGUGGAGGGUUCUGCCACUGUUGAAUGGUACUUCAGGGCCAAAGGAGAAGCCGACUUUGUUCACAUCUACACCUACAACGAAGACGGCCCCACCAUUGAAAGCGACCACUUUAUGGACCGUGUGGAUUGGAACGGAAGUAAGAGGAGCAACGACAUCCAAGACGCGUCCAUAUACCUGCUCAACGUCACCUUCAAUGACUCGGGCACCUACCGGUGCUUCUUCAAACGCAUCCUCUUCUACGCUAACUAUGAGUACAACACCAUUGUCAGCAAGGUGGUCCACCUCACUGUGGUGGCUAAAGCCACCAGAGGAACAGCUUCCAUCGUGUCCGAGGUCAUGAUGUACGUGUCCAUCAUUGGCCUUCAGGUCUGGCUCCUCAUAGAGAUGAUAUACUGCUACAGGAAAAUAGCAGCAGCCGGAGAAGAAGCAUUACGAGAAGCAGCAAAUGCUGAAUAUUUAGCGAUAGCCUCGGAAAGUAAAGAUAACUGCGCAGGAGUGCAGGUCGGAGAAUAGCACAGGCUUCUUUCGUGGACUGAAAACAUCCUUCCACCCUCUGACCUGCAUGUAGACAACUUGGAGAGAAAACUCCUCUUCUUCUAUUUUACCUUUUCCUUGACAAAGAUCACAAAUGGAUAUGACAUACAAAGAGAGCAUGGUACCAGCACUGUAUAUAGUAUUCUGUGCGCAAAAGCAUGUUCUGCACAUUAUGCAUUAAUGAGCCACAUCGUCAAAAGCAUAAACUUUACAUACAGUAUUUCUUUAAGCAUAUGUAGUCACAUAUUUAUAUAAAAUGUAAGUGGUACUAUGGAGAUCUGUUGGAUUGUAAAAGAAAGCUUUUUACUACAUCAUCACCACCUAAUGUAUGAAUUAUGACACCCUACAUGUAUGGAAAAGAUAUUUCUAAAAUAGAAUGUGAUGGACUACGAUAGGCUGUAUUUCCAGUUGCUAGUUGUACAGUCAAUGAAAUCUUAAGAUGUACUAAUAAAAACUGAAAAAGUA